UUAUGCGGUUCCCCAAAGUCCAAGUGCCCAACCCCUCUCUCUCUCUCUCUCUCUCUCUCUAAAACCAUUUCGAUCCCUCGCGUAGAAAAUCGUGGGAAUUUGUUGGGAAUUAUUGUUAUUUUUAAUUUUGUUUUUAUUAUGUUGCAGCGAUUCGUCGAUCACGUCCUCGCCGUAACAAAAGAAUCUGUGAAGACAGUCACUUAUGAAUCGCUGAAUAGUAUUGCAAGGUUGAUAAAUGGGGUUUCGGCACUCUUGUUGACAAUAUUGCCAGGGAAGGCUAACUUGUUAGAGGGAAUCCAUGGUUGGGAGCUCAGACCUACAUUCCGAGGACCUCGCCUUCCUCGGUGGAUGGAAAAUGGCGUUUCAUCAUUCAAUGAGUUCAUUCAUGAGCUUUCUGUGGAUUCUGACACUUCAUCGACCACUGGUUCCAUAUCUAGUGAAGAUGAUGACGAUGAUAAUAUUUACCCUGCCUCUCCUUUGUCUCAGUCUUCACGUUUAUCUCAUUCAAGCAGUAUCACCAGAUAUGAUAGACGCUUAAUACGCUCUAUACGACGCAUACUUUCCUGGAUUCUGUGGCCUGCCACAGUUGUUCUUUGGUUGCCAUUUAUCUUAUUCCAAUCUGCCAGAUCUAGGAGAGGUGAAUCAGUUUCUCCUCGCAACCCAGAAACUCACCAGCUGUUAGGUCGUCGCAUUGCUAGAAGGUCAUUUCACAUAAAAGACCAUGUUGUUCAGCGUACUACUGACAGACGGCGUGGAGUUUUUGAGGAUCUCCAGCUGGCAAUUGAGAUAUUCAUUGAAUCAGUUUUCGAGACGGUUCACAAUGCAGCACACCUUGUUCUUUCUCCUUCUGAGGUUUGGCAGAAAUUAUAUUCUUUGGUUUCGCUUCGUGGAAGCAGUGGGAAAGUUAGCUAUGAUAGUGAUUCCGAUGAAGCUGUUGUUCCAACUGCUACCGUUGGCAGUGUUGAUCCAACUCCAACUGAAAGACGGACUACAUUUCACCAUUCUUUAAACACAGACUCGCGGACCUGUGAAGAUGUCAUAACUGAGCUUGGCUAUCCUUAUGAGUCUAUACGUGUGGUUACGGAUGAUGGAUAUGUGCUUCUUCUGGAGAGAAUUCCUAGGCGUGAUUCUGAGAAGGUUGUGUAUCUACAACAUGGGAUAUUGGAUUCAUCGAUGGGCAUCAGAGCUAUAUGACGAACAAAACGAGUCUUGCAAGCUGGAUUUUUUUUUGAACAAUGUGCUUCAGAGCUAAAAUCCCAUUAAUGGUAAUUGUUGAAUUUAUAAAAGUUGAAAUGUAGCAAGGUGUUUGUAGAUUGUACCUCUACUACAAAGUAGCUAGUAGCAGUUCGAUCUUCCUUCUCGUUUCUUGAGUUAGCCUAAAAUAAUGCAACAAAAAUUUGGGCUCAAUUUUAGUUGGAUAUUUCAAUCAUGUUUGAUGCUUUGCUUUCUUUCUUUUGGUGGUUAACAGAAGAGAUGGACUUUACCAAAUUAUAAUGCAUACUUUGGAUCAAACCCAUAUACCAGUCAUGUGAUGAAAAAUCAAGUGUUAGGGCUUUAGGGGCCUAUUUGCAAAUGGUCAAAAUUCAAUAACUGUUUGUCCAGUUUUCCUAAAUUUUGUACUAAACUAUCCAAUGUGAAGAAGUUAUUUUCUUUUGCAGUGUCUUGGGGAAUUCAAUGAUUUCCAUUUUAUGAUUCAGCUAGUGAAUUUCCUAUGCUGUGCCGAGUUUGUGCUACUUGGCACCUCUUUUUCGUAAACAACAAAAAAAAAAACCAAUCAACAAGCUGUUGCAGUUCAUUUAGCCAAUCCUUCUUUAAUAUAUUGUGAACUUUCCUAGAGCUUUAGAGGGUUUCAGCUGUAAAUCAAGUUUAGUAAGAGUGUUGCAGUUCAUUUAGCCAAUCCUCCUUUAAUAUAUUGUGAACUUUCCUAGAGCUUUAGAUGGUUUCAGCUGUAAAUCAAGUUUAGUAAGAGUG